GAUGCUAUGUGUAGCUCGUCAAAAGCGCAUUAGAUUGGUCUUAGUCGACCGGCGACGGUCUGACAGACGAGUAGAUUCACGUGAAGUACGCACCCAGUGUUUGUUUGUUCCUUCGUUAACAUCUUACGCUCCCCAUUGUUUGUGUUGAGUCGCUUGUUCUGAAUCGUAGACGCAAGAUUUGAGGUUGCCUAAAGUCCCGUCGUGGGACAUGUAAUCGCAGAGGGAUUGAUACUGACUUGGCUCGCAGUUGGAGUGUUUAUAGGAAGCUCCACUAGGCACCGGAGAGAGCUGAAGGCGUCAACUAUCACAAUCUAGCCAUCAACAGGCGCACACGAAUUGUAUGUAUGCUGUGUGCCGCAGACAAAAAGGACAUGCGAGCGCGCGCCGUGAAAGAAGAAGUCUUCCGAUCAUAAGCUAAACCGUAGCGGAGGACAGGAGGAAGAAUGCAAGAAAUCAAACGUAAAGUGAAACUCACCACAAAACGCAAACAUACAUUAGCGAAAUUUGUUACACGAUUUGUGCUGCAUGUACACUUGAGGCGAGAGAUUGUCGUCGGACAGUGUUUCCGCGGCAUUGAUACAGCGUUUGCGUUUGCGUCUUUUUACGAAGUUUAUCCGCAAAUACAAGCAUCCGUAUAUCGUGUUUUACUGUCAGGCAACAAAAAAAACAGGCGCAACGGGAGGCUAGAAAGUGUUUAAAUGUAUAUAUUACGGACAAAGUCGUCGGCAGAGCCCGAGCCGAGUCGUGGAACGUCAUAUUGAUAAGCACUUGUCACUUGUCGAAGCUCGCAUCAAAAAGAAAGUACAUUUUCAUACAUUUUUAAAACAGAUAAAGGCUAAGCGGUGAGUGAUUUGUUUGAAUUGGGUUUGAUUCGUUCGUCACUUGUUUCUUUUUUCAAAUAGCUAGAAACGAUACAAAUAUAACAAUCAUCUAUACGCUUAGAAGGGAAAAAUAGAAACAGCAGCAUGGAUUUGUAUCAUUCCACGAUCGCCAGACGAGAAUAGAGUAUCCAAGAAGAGAUAGAGUGAAGAAAAAAAACCAUAAACAGAAGAAUUAAGCGGUUCAACAACGGAAUCCACUGAUACCGCCAUUUAACAAAUCACCAAAGCCAAAAAGAAAUUGUGCUUUUACUUUAUUUCAUGCCCUUUUUCGUUGAAACUUUUUAUGUUAAUUUUAAGUAAAAAGUAAAGCAUGUUAAACUUUAACCCCGCAGCUAAAUUACGAUCUUGAGAGCCACGAUGACAUACACCCACUGCGGCAGGCAAAAAAUUGGCGGAGUGGCUAUGCUUUGUGAAAAUACACUCGAUUGGAGCAGUGCGAUGGAACGGAACAAUACGGGCGUUCGACAUAGGAAUCUAUCUACCAUCUCAUUGAGUAAUAAAACUACAAGACAAUAAAUAAUUUAAUGCUAGAUACACAUUGUAAUGGGCCAGUUAUGCGAUGGGUGGUACGGUAUGCUGGGAGGGUGACCGCCAAGUUAUGGGACAGGUAGUGGAAAUGAGAGGCGAGGAUAGUUAA